AUGCCUCGCGAACUAAUCACCAUCCAGGCGGGCCAGUGUGGUAACCAGAUUGGCGACUCGUUCUGGCGGCAGUUGUGUUUGGAGCAUGGGAUUUCACCAGAUGGCACGCUAGAGAAUUUUUCGAUUCCAGGCGCCGACCGCAAAGAUGUGUUUUUCUAUCAAAGCGACGAUACUCGGUACGUUCCACGGUCGGUUAUGAUAGAUCUGGAACCCCGCGUGAUCCACAGCAUCCAAUCCGGUACGUAUGGAUCGAUGUACAACCCAGAAAACAUGUAUGUGUCUCAGAAUGGUGGCGGUGCUGGCAAUAACUGGGCGGCGGGAUACCACGCUGGUGAGAAAGUCAUGGAAGAGAUCUUGGACAUGCUUGAUCGCGAAGCGGAUGGCUCCGACAGUCUGGAAGGGUUUAUGCUCUUUCAUUCGAUUGCUGGCGGCACAGGGUCUGGCUUGGGAUCCGUUCUGUUAGAGCGGGUGAACGACCACUUUCCUGGCAAGCUUAUCCAGACGUUCAGCGUGUUUCCAAACGUGGCCAACAACGUGAGUGAUGUAGUUGUGCAACCGUACAACAGCAUCCUGACCAUGAAGCGGUUGCAGCUGUAUGCAGACGCCUGUGUCGUUCUGGACAAUGGCGCCCUUAUGCGGAUUGCCGCCGACACACUCAAUGUUCAAUCACCGACGUUAGAGCAAACGAACCAGCUUGUUGCUACCAUCAUGAGUGCAUCGACAGCUACUCUUCGAUAUCCUGGCUAUUUAUACAACGAUAUGACCUCCAUCUUGUCUUCACUGGUGCCUUUCCCCGAGUGCCAUUUCUUAAUGACCGCCUACACACCGUUCACCACCACGAUUGAAGCGGCCAAGUUUGUGCGCAAAACCACAGUUUUAGAUAUCAUGCGAAGGCUUUUGCAGCCCAAAAACCGUAUGCUUUCAACGGCACAAAGUAAAAACGCGUGUUAUCUAUCAUUGUUAAAUAUUAUUCAGGGCGAGGUUGACCCCGUGGACAUCCACAAGUCGCUACUGAGAAUCCGGGAGCGGAACCUGGCCACUUUCCGUCCGGAUACUCCAGCUUCGUUACAGCUGGCAUUGGCUAGGCGGUCACCUUACGUCGAGAGCCCAAACCGAUUGAGUGGGUUGAUGCUUGCCAACCAUACAUGUAUUGCGAGCCUAUUUAUGCGCAUUUCGGACCAAUUUGACCGACUCAUGAGACGUCAAGCUUUCAUCGACCAGUACAAAAAACAGCCAAUAUUCGAGGAAUCCCUGGACGAGUUCCACGACUCUCGUGAAGUAGUUCGACGUGUGGUUGACCAGUAUCAGAAGCUGGAACCUGAGACGCUUGAUCAGCUGUCGUAA